GACUCAACGUUGUAAGCUAAAACCCCAGAGGCGGAGGGCAGAGAAGAGGAUCUUCCAUCACCAUGGCUACGAGUUUGACUACUAGGAAUGGUCAGAUUGGCAUGAACCUCCCUGCCGCCGCCAAGCUCAACAUUCCAUUACCAUCCAAAGAAUGCAGCAACUGCAAUGGUCACGCUCCCUUCUUUCUCCACCAAGUUCGCCAUUUAGGCAUCCUCCGCCGCCUCUGCACCGCUUGUGUCCUCCGCCUCUACCCUUCCUCCUUCUGUCCUAUCUGCAUCUCCUUCUAUGCCGGCUCCCCUCCCCACCCUUCCAAACGCGACGCAUGCUCCAACUGCUGCUCCAUCACUCACUCUCACUGCGCCGGAGACACCUUGUUCACCUCUUACCUCUGCCCGCCCUGCAAGGAGUCUUCAUUCUCUUUCUUCCCUCUGCUAAUGUUAAAGCAUAUCAGAGUGGUAGCAGUGCAUGGUGAAUGA